CUUUCACUAAUUCAAUUCUCUUUCUUUACACCAACAGUCUGCGACUCCUUCUACUUCCCAUAUACGAACAGUCUAGUUUAAUAAGUCGAUACAGUCAACAUAUUUACAUACUAAAGUGAUAAGAGUAAUACGUAAGGUAUGGCGUCGUCGCAAUACAACUCACUUGCUCCACUCCAGCAAUAUAACCAGUUGUCCUUUGCUGUUAUUCCCGAACAUCGACAACACCGACAUCAUCCACAACCUCAAUCUCAGCUUCAAUCUCGUCACCAGCAGCAGCAGCAGCAGCAGCAGCAGCAACAUCAACAACAUCAUCUACAUCAACCUACCACCCAUACGCCACCAAUCGUUGCACCGACAUACCAACAUCCACAACAUCCACCAACUUUACCAUCUACAACCAACAUAGUCACACAACCACAGCAGCAACAACCUAUCAUCAACACAAACGUCGAUUCCGAUUCCAGUCCCGAUACUACGCAAUUGCCGGCUACACCCGUGGUAAGCCGUAGCGCCACCAGCAACGCAAAUCCCACAUCCUUCGGUCCACCCCAGCGCAAACGUCGUCGCGUAGGCCGACCGCCUAAAUCGCAACUAGAGCGCGACUACCUCGACCAGCGAGCCUCUAACACUCUUACACCCCCUCAACAGCCGCCGCCUCCCCAAGCCCAUUCACCACACCCUUUAAACAAAGGACCCUAUAACACGGCCGAAGAUGCUGUCUUCUCCCUCCAACUCCACGUCUUUACGUCCGGGUACGGCGUGUCGCAGAAGCGUACCGUCAAGGAAAAGCUGCCCUCGGGACGUUACGACCCCGACGGCGACGUCAUUCGCAAGGACUUUGCGUGCGACCGUGGCGGGGCCGACUUCGUAUCGCAGAGCACGGGGGAACGGCGGCGCGAAAGCAAGAAGUGUGGGUGCGGGUGGAAAUCCGUGGUGCGACGAUUGAAGCGGGAAGGUGAUCUAUGGUUCAUUGAUAUACUGGAACCGAAUCACAACCACCCCGUCACACCCCCGGAUCAGAUGCACACAAUCGCAUCGUAUAGACGAUGGCAGCGAGAGAACAACGCCGGGAUACGGACAGCUAUCGCAAGACUGGCGCGUGCCGCUGCUAUGCCCGCUCGACAGGUGGCCGAUUACCUUAAAGGUCAAUUCGCAGACCCCGAUCUGGCUCGUAUCGACCGGCAUAUCCUGCGCGCUCUUAGCAUGAGCGAUGUCGAUAUGCCGGGUGGUGAUGCUCAGCAGAGCCAGACUGUGUUCGAUGUCGUUGCGCGGAGACCUACAAUUAUAUUGCAGGAGAAUACUGGGGAGGGCGGAGGCAAUGGGAAUCCAAAUGGGAACCAGAAUGGGGGUGCCGUAACCGGUGUUCCUAUCGGUGUGGGUGUUAAUCCUGCCGGUACGCUUAACCGUUAUCAAUGAAUAAUUGCGUUUCUCUUUCCCAUGCGAAGCUAGGGUCUGAGAUGUCAAUGGUGGGAGUAUCGGUAUUUCAUGUUUGUAAUAUCUUGUCUCGAAGAAUCUGUGGGUUUGAAGGUUUCCGGUAUCUGGUUUGUCUACCGCAGGUCGCGGUUUAGCAGGGUGUAUAAGAGCGGGUAGGGAAAUCCCACCGAUUGGCUUAAUCACGGCUGGGUGGCGACGGGCUGUAUUUAUAAGGACGCGUAUAAGAACGCGGGCGUUUAAGGAUUAUUUGAAUUAUCCGACUAGGUACCUACUUACCUACCUAUGUAACGUAUCUAUAUCUAGGUGAUAUAAUUCAGUGGAUGAGGGAAAAGGCCUGGCCUGAGAUACGGCUAGCUCUUGAGAACAGUGAGGGUUAGAGGCAGUGGAUGAAGAAGAUCAAUGGUGCCAAAUUAAUGGAAAGGAAAACACCCUGUACAGCUAGGCUAUCACGUUGAAGCAAAGUAAUAUUUUAUACAUCUAUACAAGUG